CAAUGGAAGCCUCUAGCUCUGCCCAUGGGUGGGCAAUGACAUAUUUGGCCGAUGAUAACGCAAUUUUUGACCUAAAAUCAGUGCCUGUCUCCGGCCACCCUGCCUGCUGAAACGGGCCAAACUGCAUCAUCGUCAAACUUUCCACGAUCUUCACCCGCACGAACUCCAUCAGCCCGCCCAUCCCUCGCCUCCAGCCCCCUUACACGCCCAUCUCCAGUCUCUGAGAGGGGUUCGUCUUUUACGCUGGGGCUCGUUCCACGCCCACCCACGCCCAUUGACUGGCCCAGACAGGCUCGCGCGCUCGUUCGACUGGCUCCAAUGCGCUGGUCCGCCUUCCAUGCCUAAAAUCGAGAAACGCCCCUCUUUGGGCCUGGCCGGCACGGGGGGCGUAUCAUCCUCCUCUUCGUCCACGCUUGAAGCGCCCACCGAUCACGGGCUGACCGCACCGGCCUCCGAUGCGGCCACGCCGCCCGGCCCACCCUCGCCACCGGUCAGUAGCCUGGGUCCGACUUGGCCGGCCAUGGGCGGGCCACUGCGGUCCGGUGGGCGGAUCUUGGGCGGGGGCAUGAUCUCGUCGGACGAGGAGGACGAGAACCGUGAAAUGGUGGGCGGUUGUUGCGUGUGCUCGGAUGAACGCGGAUGGGAUGAGAACCCCUUGGUGUAUUGCGAUGGCCUUGGAUGCAAUGUGGCUGUUCAUCAAGCGUGUUAUGGCAUUGUAUCCGUGCCCACUGGCCCUUGGUUCUGCCGCAAAUGUGAAUCGCAAGAACGAUCUGCCCGUGUGCGAUGCGAACUCUGUCCUAGCCGUGAAGGUGCGCUCAAGCGCACGGAUACCAACAGCUGGGCGCACGUUGUGUGCGCUUUGUACAUUCCAGAAGUCAGAUUUGGCAAUGUGUCCACCAUGGAGCCCAUCGUGCUCGGGUUGAUUCCCCAAGACCGGUUCCUAAAGGUGUGCUACUUGUGCGAGAAACAAGGUCGGGAAUCCAAGGCUGCCACGGGAGCGUGCAUGCAAUGUAACCGAGCCGGUUGCAAACAGAGCUUCCACGUGACUUGUGCUCAGAGUGCGGGAUUUCUUUGCGAAGAGGCCGGCAACUACAUGGACAAUGUGAAAUAUUGUGGAUACUGUGAAUAUCAUUACCAGAGAAUUAAUAAGAAAAUCGUCAAGACCAUUCCGGCCUUCAAGCCUGUAAAGAAUCCCGUACGUGAGGGUCAGAGUCCGGAUUCGAGUCCCGAGAAAGCGUUCAAAGACUUGAAGGCCUCGAGUUCGUUGUCAACGACAGGUCUCCUUCCACCUACCUCUUCAGCGGCGGGCAGCUCAAACACUUCUUCUUCCUCCACCACCACCGCGUCUGCGAUGUCGUCUAGUGUGGCCACUGCUGCUUACAGAAAGGGGAAGAAAGGUCGAAAAUCUAGUUCCGAGGUCAAGAUCGAAGCCGCCAAGUUUGUGAUCGACUCCUCGUCGUCGUCCUCGAAUCAUGAGGACUCUUCCAAGGAGGCCUUACACUCCAACCAUCACCACCAUCAUCAUCAACAACAGCAACCAAACCAUCAUCAUCAUCACCACCCCCAUCACCACUACUCGUCCUCAUCGCAUCGACCAGGGGGCGAUCCCAAUGGGCGAAGUGGAACAAUGAUGGGUCCAAGCCGAUCCAAAGGAGAGGCCAAGGAGACCUCGACUCUGACCUCGACCUCAGGGGGUCCUGCCAGAUCGGAGGAUUCUCGACCAAGCUCCAGAGAGUCUCCUCAGGAGAAGCAACCGGUUAUAUUGAAAUUCGGGAAGCAGGAUAAUGGGCAGUACUACAAAAAAGACGUGUCCUCUUCGUCAUCCAGCUCGAGUUCUUCCAAGAAGGACAAGGAUCGAGACAAGUAUCGAAGUAGUAAAGACAAGAGAUCUCAUCAUCGCGAGGAUCGCGCUCACGAAGCCGAUUCCUCGGGUCGUGUCACGCCCACAUCAAAUUCCAAUUCCAACCCGCACAAGCCCAUGGACAAAUCGGACAAAAGCAGUGCAAGGAAAGGCGAGACCUCAACAGCAACUACAUCAACUACAUCAACUACAACAACUACAACAACCACAUCCUCAUCAUCAUCAGAAACCGCGGCCGUCAAAGUCGAGGCCAUGGAGGUGGACUCUGCUGACGCGGCCCUGUCGGCCAUCAAAACCACCUCGUGCUCAGUGAGUCUAGACAAGUCCAAAGUGGACAUGAAGCUCUUGGCGGCCAGCUCCGGGGUCAAUGGUGGCCUCACCUCCACCGCGCCCACCACCACAACGAAAAGUGAAGUGCAGAUAACACCCAUCAGCGUGGCCAGUACGACCAAAGUAGAGGCUGACACGAGCUCCUCGAAGAAAGACGCCAACAGCAGUGUGAUAGAGACCAUUAAACAGCGAGGCAGUGAUGUGUACGCCAUGAUGCCGGAUGACGAGGAUGUCAAACCCGAGCCUCUAAGCCUCCUCACCUCGAAAGUCAAUUCCGACACGGACUCGGGAGUGACGAUGACCUCAGUGCAGGCCACAGCCAUGCCAUCCUCGGGGUCCGGGUCGAACAACGCCAACCCUCUAGAGAGUGGGCCUGCCAAAGCCAUGGAUGCCUCCACUUCCAGUGGAGCGGUGUCCAGCUCGGCGGGCCAAUCGGGUCCGAGUAAUGGAGGACGAGUCACCAUUGAACAAGUGGCUAUUAAUAAGAAAGACGACACCAGUCCGCCAUUGGGAAAACUUCCGAGGAUGAGUGCAUCUGGCAAAAGGAUCGGUCGGCCUCCGAAGAAAGGCAUGCAUGUGGCCACGAAUCCCAUGUCCCAACUGACCUCUUCAUCGGGAUCCACGCCAAUAUCCCAAAGAACCGGAUCGCCGGAUGGGGAAGGCAAUGUCAAGAAGAAGCGAAAAUCGCCCCAUAAAAAACCUGUUAAUGGCACUGACAGUCCUUCGUGGAUGCUCGGAGCCACUUUGAACAUGAACUCUCCUAUGUCCAAGGAGAUGAAUCUGGCCCUGUUGGAUGAGAUGAAGGUCCAUUCGAUGUACGAUAGUUCAAAGGAUAAGCAUUACGUCGGUGUCCCCUUGCUUGGAAAGAAGGCCUCUUCUACCACAUCCUCGGGUUCGUCUCAGACGCAUAACGCAAGUGAUAUGCUCAAUGCUGGCAAAUCUCAGCCUCAGACUUUGGAGGAACUUCUCGAGCGACAAUGGGAGCAAGGGAGCCAGUUCCUAAUGGAACAGGCGAGCCACUUUGACAUUGCCUCACUUCUGUCCUCACUGCAUCAGCUCAAGGAAGAGAACGUUGAUUUGGAGGAUUCCGUUGAUAAGCUUGUACAAAGAAGGGAUCAUCUCUUGGCGGUGCGGGCUCGGCUCCUGGCCCUGUCUUCAUUAUCCAAUACCAACAAUUCAGCCCCGCCCACGCCGGAAAAAGUUGCACCCCCACGAGCCGGACCCCAUCAGAAUGGACCUUCGACCCAUGCCAAUCGCAGUGAAGGAAGCACCCCUCACGUGUCUCCUCGGAAUCAUGCAUCCUCUGCCACCGUGUCGCCUGUCUCCAUUCAGAGAGCGCCGGCUAAUAUGGGUGGAGCCAUGACGGCUCAUCCUGCUUCGCUUCCACCUCCCUCGUCGCCUCGUCUCUCGCAACAGCACUUACCUCCACCCCCUCCCUCGGCCUCGCCAAGGGAGCAUCAGCGAUCAUCCGUUCCGCCCCAGCAAUUGCCCAGUCCUCGGGAUUCGCGUAUUUCCCCGAGGGGUACGCCCAUGGAGAAUGGGUUGGACUAUCAUUCGGCACAACCUCAGCAUCACAUGGCACCGUCGCAUUAUUCCCACCGAGGGGCUCCGCCCGGGCGAAUAGAUGUACCGCCAUCUGGCCCACCCACAUCCCAUGCCAUGAAUGACCGAAUGCCGCCCAUGUCACAAGCCCAUCUUUUGGCCGUUGCAACCACUGCGUCAAGGAUGAGUUCUCACCCGGCACCUCCCCCUCGGCAAUCCACGUACCCUCCCCCUGGCGUGGGGCAGCAGCACAACUCACGCUCAAUGCCGACCCAUGGAAUGGCACCGCACCCCUCAAUGAUGCGAGGCCCGUCGCAACAUCCUCCCAUGCCCAGCCAUUACGGCCCUCCCCCCGGGUCCCAUGGCGGGAGUCAGCCUGGUGCCCCCUCUGGUUAUCAGAUGAUCUCUCCUCCCCCCUCUCACGGAGGACCCCCACCAGGUUCCAUGGUAACCCUGGACCGCACUUCCCAACAACCCAUGAGGAACCCUCCUCCUUCUCAUCAUGGUUCCACCAUGCGCAUGGAUAAGAGGUGACCAGGAAUGGAUCCUGUGCCGCCUUUCAAAAAUCGUCACUUGUCCUCUUUCUUCCCAGGGGAGGGACACUUCCCCUUGUAUCCAUGAGAUUUCGUGUCAUGACCAUUGGCCAAGAAUAAAUGUUCUGCCCGCCAUGUUACAUGAUCAUCCGAAUGAAACGACAAGUGCCAAUGCUCGAGGUCCUGCAAGCACCCCCUACCCGUGCUCGCAGUCAGCCUCUCUCACUCAUCAAGAUGGUUACCAGCCACUCACUGUGUCCCCUGAUUUCUUUAAAGGAGGAGAGGCCAGAAUAGGUCAGAAUGAUUGGACAGGUCUCCAAGAAUUGCUCAAUUCGCCAUCAAAAGUAUUACACCUGCCUUUUAGCCUGGCAAAAGCGUUUUAUAUUUGAUAAAUUUCAGGCGACACCCGUGCUACUUUUUCAGUACCGUAUGGGUCGUCGAAGCAACUUUACUUUUCACUCAAGAACGAUCGCCCAAAAAUGGAUAAGACUGAUUAACCAUACCCCUCUAUCUCCCUGCCCUAUCCCCCUUCAGAUCACCCCAACAUUCUCACUCACCAACACCUCGGAUCCCAAUGGCAUUACGAAACUUUUCCCAUUCUGACCUCUGACGCCAUCCUGUAUAAACAUGAUUGAGUACAUUACCACUUCUAGCCUGUUUGAUGACCUCUGACCUCUCUAGCUUGCGAGUGAAUAGAAAUGUAGUCCGCUCAACUCGCGUCAUCAACAACGCCUGCCGCUCCUGUUGACUACUUUGAGUCUAUUUUGUUAAUGAAGUACUGUACGUCCAGAGUCUCUGAUCAUCAUCACCUUUCUAGCCAUGAAUUCAUUCUUCCUUCCAGUAAUUGAUUAGAUUUUGGACUAAUAAAAUGAACCAAUCGCCUAA